UGCUCUUCUUCCCUUUCCCGCUGCAGCCACUCGAAAGAAAAAGAAAGAGAACCCAGCCAUGCCUUUGAGAAACCGGUGAGAUAAGCUUGGAUUUCUCCUUCUUUUCUUGCUCUACAACACAUGUAUAACCCAGAAAUUUCCCCCACCCCUCUGCAGAAUCCGGAUCUGCUCUGCUUUGCUCUGUCCUUCCGCCGGCUGCUCUUGCUUUUGUGGGGGUGAAUUGCUCUGUUUUUUGGUAAGAAAUAGCUCGAAUUCUCCCUUCUUUAGCUUUGAUUUAAGUUGGGCUCCUUUAAUUUUGGGUAGAUCAGUGAGUUUCUCCCCUGCACUUGCCGCCGGCCUCCUCCCCAAUCUGCAGCUCCGGUUUUAGCUGGAGAAUUAUGUGUUUUGGCCAAUUUGUGAAAGUCGGGGUUACUGUUCAUAUCGGGUUACUGUUCACGUCGGGGUUACUGUUCAUGUCGUGGUACCGUUCGUGGGUACUGUUCAUGGACACUGUUCACACCCCGAGGGCCAACAAUUAACGGGAAUUUAAAUGAUUAGUUUGUGAUAUGAGAACGAAUUUGGAGAUGUUCGAUCAUGUGGAAAGUGAUAGAAAUAGCAUUGUGAUUAGGAAUAAUCCUAAUGAUGAUUUCAGCUUGAAUUUGUGUUAGUCCGGUAUUAAUUCUGAGGUGUUUUGAUUAGGUUCCUGAUCGUUCUGUCAGUUAACACUAAGAUUGACUGCUCGGUUUUAUGCGAGUGAGGAAGUGAAAUCGAGGACGGGGAAACCACGGGAAGUGACGAGUUAGAAGGCUAGCCAUAUUGUAAUUGGAUAUAAAUUUUAGAUAUGAAUCAUGAUCUUGUAUUUGGAGAUUUUAUUGGAGAUUUAUGAUAUCAGAGAGAUUUUAUAAUUUGAUCUUCAGAUUUUGAUGGUAUCAGAGUGUGAAUUUGAUAAGUUUCGAGUCUUGUGCAUUUGUGGGAACCGUCUUACGAGUGC